CGCAAUUUCGAGCAAGGGAAAGGCUGAAUAGAAGGCCAAAUACACAAGAAGGACAAGGCUGAAAGGCUGAAAACGAGAACAACAUCAAGGAGAGCAGAACAGCAAGGGAAGAAAAAGAGAACAGCAUCAAGGAGAGAAGAACAGCAAGGGAAGAAAAACGCCCAGACCCAGGCAACCUGUCAUAUAAUGCAGCAGCAAACUACAAGAAGGGAGUUGCAUAUUACCAUGGCUGGGAGGCAGAUAUUUUGCAGCAAAGCUUUUCCAUUAUUCUUCAUAGUCUUUUUCUUUUUUCACUUUCCAGCCAAUGUGGCUAGUUUCACUGAAGGGUACACACCUUGUGUACCUUUCAAGUGUGGACAUUUUGAAAAUAUAACCUAUCCAUUUUUCAAUACUCACCAGCCAGAUUAUUGUGGACAUCCACAAUUCAGACUUGAUUGUCACGAAAACUUGGUGACAUUUGAGUUAAAUUCCAAAAAAUUUAUUGUCCGUAACAUAAGUAUGAAAUAUCAAACUCUCACGCUUGCCACAUAUGAUUUAUUGGCUUUGGAUACAAAUUGUCCGAAGCACUUAACUCAGUUAACUGAUGUCAGUCUGGAUUCAGCUUUUUUUAACUACACCUCAAAAAAUGACAACUUCACUUUAUUAUAUGAUUGCAAAACUCUUCCCCCUGCCGAGUCUCCUCUGAAUUCUGUAUCAUCUCUUAGUUUUAAUUGUGUUAGUGAUGGUGAUCCUCAUUCCCAUCAAGGAUACCUUGUAUCAUCGGCCAAUGUGGUGAAACUCACCCCUAUGGGGUGCAAAAAUAGCACCAAGAUUCCAGUAUCAAUAGAGGCUUUCAAUGAGUCUAUCAGGAAAAAAUGGUACAUACAAUCUGUUUUAGAUGCUGGAUUUGAGGUUAAGUGGAGUGUUGUUGGUAGAGACAAAUGCGAAGUUUGCUUAAAGUCUGGUGGAAGUUGUGGGUACAAUGCAUCACUAUAUGCAUCCAUGUGUUUCUGUCCAAAUCAACAAUCAUAUGGUGUCUUUUGUAGUGAAACACCGGCACCACCACUAUCACCAUCACUAUCACCACACUAUGAGCCACAUUCAGAACCAGAACAGUCUCAUCAUGCUCUAGGAAAAUGGACAUGGGAGAGGAAAACCAUCAUAGGUCUUGGUUUAUGUCUGUUAGCAGCAAUUGCUGUGAUCAUAGUCAUGCACUUCUACAGUGAGGGCUUAGUAAUCUGUGCACCGACGUUCCAGUUCGGUGUCAUUAUCCAGAAUUUAUAGUGUACACUACAUAUUGUGCAGAAAGAAAGGAAUUUCCAUCAGCCCACAGUUUUGGACUCACGAGCCCUUGCUGCUAAUGGACAACCUGCUUCAGGUUCCUUUACCCAAAACACAGGGAAUGCAACACAAUCCAGAAAUAAUGAUUCAUUU